AUGGAAAGAAAGCAAAUGAGCCAUUUAAUCGACAUAGAAGACCCUCAUGUUCCAUUGGAAGAUUCAAUGGGAAAGGAGUUUCAAAGCUUGUCUCUCUUAUCCCCUGCAUGUAGCAUCUAUAGAGUUCCUGACCGACUACGUCAUCUCAAGCAAAAAGCAUAUGCACCAAAGGUUGUCUCCAUUGGCCCCCUACGUCAUGGUGGUAGUGAAGCCUUAAAAGCCAUGGAAGAACAUAAAAUGAGGUACCUGCGAGAUUUCGUUGGACGGACUGGGCAAACCUUGAAGUUUUUUAUUGACGUUGUAAGGGAGAAGGAAGCAAAACUUCGUGAAUGUUAUGCAGAAACCAUUAAUUUUACAAGUGAAAAAUUUCUCAAAAUCAUUCUGGUGGAUGCUGCCUUCAUCCUUGAGGUCUUACUCAAGUCCUCCAGCCCUAAACUCCUAGAAGAAAACGACCGCAUAUUUGACAAACCCUGGUUGAUACAAGAUGUUUGGGCCGACAUGCUUUUGCUUGAAAAUCAGCUUCCCUUCUUCAUUCUUGAGCAUCUUUUCAAUUCAUACAAAACAGAUGUCCUUCUGCAAAAUGAUGGGACGACACUUACAAUCAAUAAGCUUACAGUAGACUUUUUCAAAAGCCGAAUGGAGUCACCGGGAAUAGAAGAAAGAUGGGAAGAAAUCUUGUAUGGUGAUUUCAAAAUCGAACAUUUUGUUGAUCUCCUACGACACGUGCAAUUUAAGCCUGAUGAUGAUGAGAUAGCAACUCGUAGAAAUAUGAAACUUCGAACACUAACCACCCCCAGCGCGACAGAGCUACACGAGGCUGGAGUGUUGUUUAAGGUACGGGAGAAGAGCAAAAAUCUAUUCGACAUAAAAUUCGAAAAAGGGAAACUAGAAAUCCCAAGUUUUAUUUUAAGCGAUGAGAAAGAAUACUCAAUCAGAAAUUCGCUUGCAUUUGAGCAAUGCCAUUGUAGUGAUGAGAACUACAUAAAUGACUAUGUUAUCCUUAUAGGUCGCCUUGUUGAAACACGCAGGGAUAUAGACUUAUUGGUGAAGCAGGGGAUUAUUGAGAAUAGGAUUAGCAACAGCCGAGAUGGGUCACUUCUGUUGAACAAGCUUGCCGAUGGGGCUAUUUUGGACCAGGAAAAGUUCUAUUUUGCUGCUCUUUUUGGGGAGUUGAACAAAUACUACAACACCUCAUGGCACAGGUGGAAGGCACACUUGAAACAAAGAUAUUUCAGAACACCAUGGGCUGGGGUUUCGCUUUUAGCAGCUGUGUUUCUGCUUAUUCUCACUAUCGUACAAACGGUGUGUUCUUUGGCUGCGUUUUUCCCGACACUCGAUCCUUCUUCUAAUUAG